UCAGACACAACACACCAUAAACAACUUAUAGAAAAAACGCGCGGGAAAAUUAUUACUAGCGACCUUGGAUUUAACAGCUCAAGUGAUGUUAUUAAUUUAAUUUUUUAUCUGUGCUUUUAUAACUGUGGCUAUAUGGAAUUUUGUUUUUGAAGAACUUUAAAGGAAUUGUAAUAUCUAUUGGCCCUUUUGUAAUAGAUAAUGUUCAACACAGCUCCGGUAUAUGUCGAAGAAUGGAUGACCAAAGCACUAACGGAAAUGAUGACGACAACCGGCUAAAAAUAUAAAGAUGGGGAAAGCUUUCUUGCGGUUUGGUUUGAAGAAAGUAUACGAGAUGGCGCUGUUCAUAAUUUUAGUAAUGGCAGUAAGUGUGAUCGGUACUUCAAUACCAGUCGGAGAGAUGGCGCUAGGCAAUGUGACAAGAUUUGCUUCAGGAGAUUUAUUCUCGCUUGUUGGUACAGACUGUGGUCCAACUCGAUGUAUGGAGGUCUCCCACGGGACUGCCCUUGCUGCACUCAGUGGGGGAGAUGGAUGUAUGUGUCAAUGUCGUCGGGAUACGCCUGCCUUUAGAGAGGAUCAACGUAUUUGUACUGAUCAAAUUGACGAAUGUGUGAUGGCAAGUUUUGGCCGUGGUACAACAAAACCACAGAUUCCAUUCGUAUUUUUACCAAUGAAAGGACAAAUUGUAUAUCCAGCUAAAGAAAUCAUAUUUACAAAUGUAGAGGAUGCAAUUUGCGCUGUGACCAGUGCGCAGUAUUUAUCACCAUCGGGUUGGGUGACACUGAGGGAUUUGCUCGAUAAUGAUGUGCCCUUUAGCUUGUACCGAGACGAGGGUAGCACCUUCUUGCAGUGGCGCGGAUCUGCAGCCCUGCAUGCCCGUUUGGAAGGCCGCCUGGUGGCAGCUCAUGUCUUAUGCUCAGCUCAUGAGCAGUCCCGCCUUGCCGCCUCAUGUGCUGCCUUUAGAAUUGCUGGCGCUUCACAUAAUACACUACUUGAUGUCCGCUCUAUACCGUUUCAUGCAGGUGAGACAGUGACGUCAGAACCUUCCUCACAAAACCAAGGUCUGAGCGUGCUGGAGUCCCUAGCUAUAUGUGUAUGUGUACUUAUGUUAAUUUUCGUAUAUGCGGCGGGCAUUAUAUUCUACGUACACUACAAACAGAGACAGAAACGAAAGGAUAAAGAUCCAGAGUCGAAUAACUCUAACACUACGUCCACAGGAAAUGGAUCGACACUUGAUUCUCAUAUUGAUAUGGAUAAUGUGCAAUUAAAAACUAACCCAUUAUUAAACAUGAACGCAAAUUUUUUACAUGAUUCUGGUUUAUCAGAUGUUAGCGAACGUACAGAAGAGACUAUUGACUCAUCCCCCAGUACCACCCAAAAGUUUCAGAAAACAAACUCUAAUGUUAUUUCGGCGAUGGUUCAUACAAGACGUAAAAAGCCCUCUAGACCAACAAUAAGGGCAUCUUCGAUGCCAGAAAGAACAAAUGACCGUAUUCAACGUCGGUCUAUGUCUCCAGAUACUUUUGAAAGAGCUCCGCAUUCCGAUUUAUCUAUAAUAGAUUGUAGUUUAGAAAAUAAUUUGGUGGCAAGACAACCAUUCCAAUCUUCGAGCGGAGAGCCAGUUCUUAGAAAAAAACUGUAUUUCAAUCCAGUUUUCUUUGAAACUGAUCAUCUGAAGAAUCCUCCACCAGCAGCAAUUGAAUUUUUAAUGAAGAUCCGUGAAAUCAUGUCUUUGGCGAAGGAUAAAAUGACUUCAAAAAGAUUUAUCCCAAUCUUAUCUGAUAUACCAGAAGAGAAUCUGUAUAAUUCCAUAGAUCUUGGAUGCGAUAUACCUUGUGCUCGUCGUAAUCGCAGAUACAGUAUCGCCAUAAAUCUCAAACAGGAAAAUAGUAGAAGAGCAGGUCACUGUGGUGGAUGUCCUGGUUGUGAUAGUAACAAGAAAACUCAAAAAGCCAUAGCUUUAACUAGAUCAAAUUCAUGUAAAUCAUGUGUUAGUGAAGAUUACAAACAGACGAUUGUUCGUAAGUGGUUAGAUGAAGUUCCAUCUCCAUCACAAACUAAAAAAUCGAUAAAGUCUGUAUCGAAGGUUAGUGGUACGCCAAGAGCCAUCGAGGUAAAACUAAAGGGUGAAAUACGACCUCGUUCUGCAGAACCACUUCGAAAUGAAGAAAGCAAAGGACGUACGAGUCCAGACUCUAAAGUGAAGGAACAAACGAAUGACACAAAACAUAAUAACAAGAAAGAGAUAAAGAAAGAAGAACCCAAGAAAGAUGUAAUAAAAGAAGAUCCUAAGACUAAUAAUAUCAUUAUUAAGCACAAUAAUGUAAAACUACCAGAGGAUGCAAAUAUAAUGCCAACCUCACCAACCAAAAUACAGGAAACUAAAAAUAUUUCUAAUCAUAUAUCCAGACGUAUAAGAAAAAAAUUGCCUCCUCCGCCACCACCUCCAGUAAGUCCUCCACAACCACCGGCAUCGCCAAAAGUUGAAGAAGAAGAACCAAUACCUGUGGAAGUUAAAAUAAAAAUGGAGGCAGUUAUACGUGAACUUAAUAAAUGUCGCCGAACAGAACCAAAUAUACUGGAAGAGAUUAAAAUGGAAUCUGUAACACCCAUUGCUCCAAAAAUUGUUAUACCAGUAUUAGCUGCCGACUCCCAUUAUUUUAGUGAUGAUAAUACCCUUUCUAAUAAUCGCAAGAAGGAAAUGUCUAACUCACAAAGCAAUAUGUUAGUGAAUUUGGAUAAUUUAGAUAAAAAUGCACUUAAAAGACGCAGAUUUUCAGUAGCUUGCGGACCAGAGUUAGCUCAUAGAGAUAUAUUUGAUCAUUAUCAGAGACCUCAGAGUGCAACUCGUGGUAGACUAACAAGUAGUUGGCGUGAUAUUAACAAAGCUGAUGAUAAUUAUGAACAAGAUUCAUUUAUUAGUUGGCGUGAUACAAAACGAUCUGUUCCUGAAUAUGUACACAAUCCUCAUCUAUUACAACCACAAUUUGAAAAUCGCAGUGAAAUAAUUAUUAACUCAUCCGAACCACUAUACGAUAAUAUAUCGAAACCAGGCCCACUGACUAUAAAAGUAAGUGGAUCACCGGUAGAAAAUAGACGUAAAUUUAAUGAAGAAUUCGAUCCCGAUACUCUCGACCGAAAACCAAAACGCGAAGGAAAACGCGUUGAAAAAAUACUUCUAAAAUCAGGGGGAAGUUUCAAAUUCAAAAUUCAAGGAAACACAACAGAUUUCCAUAAUAAUAAUAAACCCAAUACGCCACCCGAAGCCAUUUUCACAAGAAAAAUUGGCAGUUUAAGACAAAUAUAUGAAGCUAAAGCUAAAAUACAAAAUAAUGAAGUUAAUUUCUACAACAGACGUGGCAGCCUGCCUUAUUUAAACCAAGAUGCAGCAUGUUUUGCUAGAUCCGUGAAAACUCCGGAUAUAAUUAGACAUGAUGGCCAGAAGGAUUUGAAACCACCAGUACCUCCUAAGCAGCGACGUGUGCCUGAUUUGUCUACAAAGUUUUCUGCUUCGAUUAGAGAAAGUCCUUCUGGUGAUCGCAGACGUAUAUCAGAGGAAAGAGAUCGUUUCCCUCCAUAUCCUCGUCUUGAAAACUUAAACGCUCGGCGGUCAGGACGUAGGUCAGCACGUACUAGAUCUCGGCGCACUGAUUUAAGAAAAUUGUAUAGAACUGAAGAUUCAGGUUACAUGAGUACAGAUUCCAAUGACUCGAAGCGUAGAGCGAAAUAUCUUAUGCAGUUGAGACCCAAACAUUUCCCUGAACCCGUCCCAGUCCCUGUCGCUAGAUCGAUAACUAGAACACCUAUACUGUUAAUGGAGUCUGAUACUGACGAUUUGGAAUCUUUAUGCGACGGUCGUAGUGAAUCUGGUGGAGAGAGCGUUGAAACGGACUCUGUAUUCUUCGGUAAUUUUGACGAUACAAAGGAAAUGCUUGCAGAGUUAGGUCUGCAUAGUUAUGAGAUUAAAAGAAAAUUUAAUCGUGGCCCAGAACAGAUUGAUUCGGGAUUUAUGGGCGAAACAAAUAUUAUACUGAGUGGUGAUAGUGACUCAGAGCACAGAAGCGUCAUAUCGAUAAUCACCGGCCGCGAUGGUCGAACAUCAUCUGCAUCUAUUACCAAAUUAGAUGAACCGCCAUACAUUCAUUCUGUCGAAUGUUAAAAUCAUGCCAUAAAUCUUUGUGUAAAUAAAUACUCCAGCCAAAACAUUAGAUGUAAAUGUAUGUUUUUAAUCAAUACUAAGUAACACUUAUAAAUAAGUAUAACGGAGAUGUAUUUUCUUACUUUUUUCAGAUCUUAGACGUAGAUAAACAUCACGAUGGUUAUGUGCGUAUACAUGUAUGUAGAUAGACAAUUAAAUAGAUAAUAAUUACAUUCAGCGAAUUGAAAAAUAUGAUAUUAUUGUAUAGUCACCAAGUUUACCUCAAUAUAUAAUUAAAUAUUAAUUUAAUUGUAAUAUAAUACUGCGCAUGUAUUGGGUGUAACGUUAUGGGUUAGUAUACAUGUAAAAUUGGAACUUGCGUACCUCAUGAUGCAUUGAUCCCACCCACAAUAAAAUGUUGUAGGUAUAUGUACGUAAAAGUAAAUUGUGUUUAUUCGACUUAAUUAUAUAGAAUUUCGAUCUAAUUAUUGAAUUAAAUUUGUAAAUUAGUUUAUUAAUUAUUUAGAAGUUCAUUGAAAUAUUUUACUCAUGUAUCAGUAAAAUAUAUAAUUUAAUUUACAUUUUCAUUAAUCCAUUUAUACUCAGUGUAGUAGUACCUACCGAAAUAUUAGUUUGUAAUGUAAAUAUAUAUAGUAACUUAUACAUGUUUGUAAAUUUAAUAACCGGCCGGUUGUGCAAUUAAAUUUUUAUAGUUUACGAGAGAUAAAAUUGAUUGAAUAUAAUACAUGGUGCUUGGUAUGAUUAGAGGCUCAAUUUAUUUAUUUAAUUUAUGUAUUAAGCCAGUCGUUUUGGAUAUAAGUCUUGUAAGUACUUAUAUUGAUUAAAAUAGACAUAGAAUGUGUAGGUACCUACUCAUGUAAAGGCAUAUUUUCAGACUUUGUAUACAAAGUAAUAGAAAAUAUUUUUGUUUGAAUAAAA